AUGCGCACGACCAACAGCAAGCCGGCGCAGCAAGUCGCCCGGUCAGCGCCAAGGUGGACAUCCGGCGCCAUACGAAUCCCCGGGCCGCUCGGAGCCGCGGGCCAUGCGCGGUUCACAAACACCCGAGUGACGGCCUCUGCAGGAGGCAGAGUUGGAAGGUCUGUUGCUACCGCCGCAUCGGCCGCUGCCGACGAUGAAUACAUUUCCAAGCGCUACAAGGCCGAGCUCCACAUGAUGUCGAGCCGCCUGGGAGGUGUCGUACAGCAGGCCGUGGCGGCAGCGGUGCUUGGCACGGCUGGCGGCCGGCCAUCGUCGGCGGCGGCGGCGCCGCCGCCGCGGCCGCCGUCGACUCCGGCCGCCAUGGCGUCGGCAUAUCUGCGCUGCCUCGAGGCGCAGCUGCAGGCGAAGAAGUAUAUGAGCCGCGAUGACGAGGCGGGAGAUGUGUUGGGCAGUUUUCCGAGCUCCUCGCUUUUUUACUACCCCGGCGGAGGGCUCCAGGGUGUGGUUGAGCACUUGGCGGCUGCGGUGGCGGAGGCACGGGGCGCGGCCGCUCCAGCGGUGGCCUCCGUCAUUCGCUCCUUAGCAGGUGCUGUAGCACGACUGGCGGUACAGCCUAACGCCGAGGCAGCUCGCGGCAAGGCGGCAGCGGUGAUAACGUGCCUGGACGGUAUGGCCGAGGCGCUGCAGGGCGCCACCAAGGGCACCUCAGCGGCGGCAGCGGUGGGCGCACAAACGGCGUCCGCUGCCGUGAGUCUGUCCCCGUCUGAUGUGGAGGAGGCUGCUGUGAUGGUGGGACUGGAGGCUGGUCAGGUUCUGCGGGAGGUGGCGACGGUGAUGGAUUGUAUCGCAGGGGGUUCUCCCGACCUUCCCACAUCGCACACCGAGGGCGGUCGGGCUGUGUCCCCCAGCACCCCCGUACAUCCGCUGCUGUCAGCGCUGGAGGUCCGCCUGUACGCGGAGUCCACCUGGCGACCCGACUCGGCGGCCGAGAUCGCCGCCGGCCUGAUAGACUUCGUGGCUGCGCUGCUGGCCCCCUCCCGUGCCGGCAACACCGGUGCCGUGGCCAGCACGGUGGCCCGGGGGUCAGCUUGUGCGGCACUGCACAACCUGGCUCGGGCUCUCAGCAGUCUGGCGGUCACCCUGCGGGGCCAUCGAGUGGAUCCGACGGUCGCGAGCAGGCUACUUGACAGCCUGGGUGAGGCCCUAGCAGCCGCAUGCAUCACCCGCGACGCGACUGACCCCACCAAGGGGCCCCCGGCCCUGUCCACGUUCGGUGGGGCUCAGCUGCUGGUGGGACUGGCACGCAUGGCUGCUGGUGAGGCGCUGGCGGAGGCUGUGGCCCCCGGAGGUGCAGCCGCUGCCGCCAGCGCCGGCGCCGCUGCCGUGGCGGCGGAUGCCGCCGCCGGUGACGCCUCCAUUGACCGAUGGAUGGCAGUGAGUGACAGCAGUCUGGUCCUGGACGCGCUGGCGGCUCAGGCUCAAGAGGUUGCUGCUACUCAUCGCGAACACAUCGCGCAGGUGCUGCAGGACCUGAGGGACGUACCCAGCAGUCUGGGGAACCUGUCGGAGCUGCCGCCACUGGCCGCCGCAGCAUCGGCCGCGGAGGACCUGAUGCGCCGGGCGACCUGA